AUCAGUAUGAGUUGACACUCCGCGAGGGACGGACGUAUCGAGAGAACGUUACUUAUCUCGAUCUAAAAUUCGCGUGUUGCAUGUUCAAAGUUAAUGUUUGUGCAGUGAAUUUUAGACGAUUUUUUUACGUAAAAUUAUUCGUUUAAAAUGAAGGUUUUAACAGUAGACGAUAAAACUGUUGUCGAAGAUAGAGAACCAACUGUCGAGAUUGUUGAUAAUAAACUAACUAAGGAGGAAUUAAAUAGAGGAUGUCCUCUAGGCGUGUCCCGGGUAACGGGUUCAGUGUACGUGUGCGGUGCGCAUGCGCUGCCGGGCGCAGUGCGGGCGCUCCGCCCCGGGCUGGUGGUGAACGCGGCGCCCGAGCUGCCGCCACCGCCCGAUGACUGCGCCCCGCGGUACUAUGUACCAUUGCUGGACACAGCCAACUCAGAUAUGCAUCCAUACAUGGAGAGAGUCGCUGAUCUUAUCAACGAUGUGGUAUCGAGGGGCGAGGUGGUGCUAGUACAUUGCGUGGCGGGCGUAUCCCGCUCUGUCACACUAUGUUUGGCGUACCUCGUCAAGUGGCAGCGGAUGACGCUCAGAGACGCCUACCACCAUCUCAAACUAAGACGACCACAAAUCCGACCGAACACGGGUUUCUUCAAGCAGCUGAUUAAAUUCGAGGAGCGACUGUUCAGUGAAGCUUCCGUUAAGAUGGUCUACUGUGAAGCUAUCGACAAGGAGAUUCCCGACGUCUACGAGCCUGAUUACAGCGGAAUGACCUGGUUCAGGCAACGGUACGGACCUAUUGAAAACAGUUGAGUCACAUUAGUAAUUAAGCUAUAGUUAGUUCUAUUAAUAUUGGCACAAAUCUCUAUGUAUGCUUGUCAAUAUGCAGCAAUUUUAUCUAUAUAUAAUACAAUUAAAUGUUUUAUCAUGGGUUUUUAAGCGUCGAAAGACUGAUAUAAGGACAUUGUUAACACUCUCAUUAAAAAAACACUGAUAUAAGAGUACAUUUUUAUAAGUAUAUCAAAUCUCAUAAUUACACAAUACCACGGGCCAAAUUGUGUUAACCGAUCUCUAAGUGCGUUGACUCAUUUUGAUUUUUAGGUUAAUUGCAAGCCGAAAUGAUAUUUAAUUUGACCUAAUGAAUGCUAAAAGUUCAAAGUAAGUUUCAAAAUUACCAGUUAAAUGUGAAAAAUGUACGCUUUCACCUGUUGAUUAAUGAGUAUUUAAUAUUUUAUAAUAUGUUUUUGCGUUGAUGCGAGAAUAAAAGUUGAAGUUUUUAAUGUCUGAAACAUUAUCUUGAUAGUAAAAUAUAAUUUGAUUUUAUGAUGUAAAAUGCUUUAUAAAUAGAUUUU